UCUGGUCACACUCGCUAGGUGAAGAUAAAUAAAGAAACGAAUUGUUUAAUCCAAUUUAGCCUGGCGAACUGCAGGCUUGCUGUUAAUCUGUCUCCGCUUUGCCCUGUUCGGUGACGCGCAAGUGCCUUUAUUUUUAGUUAGAUAGCGGCAUUCAGAUCAAAUGCCAAAGGCGCCCACGCUUGGGUUCAACUGCAAAGACACCCAAGAAAAUAAGGACUAUCCGAGCAUCGCAUCGUAACGGGAAUUCUCUGAAGACUAAUUUUACUAGAAUUAUGGCAUAAUAAAUGUCAAGGCCACAGCGAGACAAUAACAAAACCUGAACAUCUGAAACUUAACAAAAACUGCAGCUGUGUGCGAGAUAAAAGAUAUGCCGAAAGAAUUUUGACCCCCACUAUCUGACGGGUAUUACGGGUGUCUGAUAGUCGUUCUCUAAACGCAUCCAAGUGAAUGCCAAUCAAGCAAACACUCCGAUUAGCAAAAUCCGGAGAUUAGCAAAUGAACCGAGUGGUAACCGAUCGUCAAGUGGAUCCAUUAAAAGACAAAAAGUAGACCGCUGGCAAGCAGUUUCGCCCUGCCAGGGGACGCGUGCGGUUGUGAAUUGCGAUUGUGCCAAGGCAAUAACAUUUUCGAACCCCUUUCAUUGAAAACUAAUGCAACGAACUGUCUAGGGCUGGAUUACUCCCACCUUGCCACUUCCUAAAAACCGUGAAUCUUCCGAAUUCCACGUAUCCACCAUGUGCUGCAAGUGCUGCGGAGAAACUCAACGCAAGGUCUGGGUCUUCGGCUUGGGAUCGCUGUUCCUUGUGCUGGGAAUACUCGUCGUGGUCUUCUGGCCGGGUAUUGCAGAUAACCUAGUAGCGGAUGGCCUUACCCUCAAGCCAGGCACUGAUGCCUAUGAUAGCUGGCUGGAGGCACCCAUUCCAAUUUACCUGAGCUUUUACAUGUUCAAUUGGACGAAUCCCGAGGACAUACGGAACCCGAACAUAAAACCAAACUUCGUAGAGAUGGGUCCGUACACCUUCCUGGAAAAGCACAAGAAGGAGAACUACACCUUUUACGAUAAUGCGACGGUGGCAUAUUAUGAGCGGCGGACAUGGUUCUUCGAUCCGGAGAGAUCCAAUGGCACCCUAGACGACAUGGUGACUGCUGCCCAUGCCAUCACCGCUACGGUGGCGGAUGAGAUGCGAAACCAGCGCAAGAUCGUCAAGAAGAUCAUAAACUUCAUGCUGAACUACGAAGGCGGAAAGUUGUUCGUAACCAAGCCGGUGGGCGAAUGGAUCUUCGAGGGUUACCAGGAUAACAUUACCGAUUUUUUAAACCUGUUCAACACCUCCAUGAUUGACAUUCCCUACAAACGCUUCGGUUGGCUGGCGGACCGCAAUGAGUCGCUGACUUACGAUGGUUUGUUCACUAUUCACACCGGCACAGACGAUAUAUCUAAUCUGGGUAGACUCACCCACUGGAAUGGAAAGCCAGAAACUGGAUUCUACAAGAAGCCUUGUGGUGUAGUUAAUGGAACCACUGGCGACUUGUUCCCGCCCAAGAUGAAUGUAAACGAUGAGAUUACGAUUUUUGCCACCGAUGCUUGCCGAUUUAUGAACCUCAGUCCCCGGGGCACAUUCGAGAAUCACGGCCUGACCGCCACUAAGUGGGUAGGCACCGAGGAGACUCUUGACUCCGGGGAAAACUACCCUAACCAGGCCUGCUUCUGUGAUGAAACGCGAUUUGAUGAAUGUCCCAAAACCGGCGUAGUGGAAUGCAAGGCGUGCCGAGACAAAGCACCCAUUUACUCCUCCUUCCCUCACUUUUACCUAGCUGAUCAGUCGUACAUUGAUGCUGUCAGUGGAAUGAAGCCGGAGAAGGAGAAGCACGAGUUCUUCUUAGCCGUGGAACCGACCACCGGAGUGCCUGUCCAAGUGCAUGGUCGCAUCCAGAUUAACAUGAUGAUUGAGCCCGAUGACGACUACGACAUAUAUCGUGGUGUGCAAAAGGUUUUAAUGCCAAUGUUCUGGUUCGAUCAGUACGCAGAGCUAUCCUCUGAGUUGGCAUCGAAGGCCAAGUUGGCCAUUAAUUUGUCCAGCUACGGAAUCAUAUUCGGCUAUUCCCUGAUAGCUUUCGCCAGUGUCUUUCUCAUCACCGGCGUCACGCUGACUGUGACGAAAAAGUGGGUGCGACGAACUCCCGAAGAUGAGGACAUGCUUACCAACUAGAGCAAAAUAGUUAUUAAGUGUUGCCAAAGUGCCAGGAUAUGUUAACUCUCCUAGUUCAUUCUGAUAGUCGCCCGUCACAUGCUGUUCUUUGUCAGUUACGCGUUAUGUAAUAUGUAAGUGAUACGAACCGACGUUCGUCUUGCAUUUUGUGAUAGCAAACCCUACUCUUAACACUACCAAACCCUUCUGUAUAUGCAAUAUUACACUAAUCAUUAACAAGUCGAAACUUAUUGAUUGAGAUUUUACAUAUUGUACUUGAUACACAAAACUUCAUAAAACCAAAA